CAGCGCGGUAACCCCGCCUUCCGCGAUCGCAGGGGAGGGGCCUGAGCGAGGAGCCCUAGAGCAGCCUUCUCUCCCCCGGAUGACGAGCUGCAGGAUAACAUGGAGUCGGGGAAGAUGGCGCCUCCCAAGAACGCUCCGAGAGAUGCCUUGGUGAUGGCACAGAUUCUGAAGGAUAUGGGAAUUACGGAGUACGAACCAAGGGUUAUAAAUCAAAUGUUGGAAUUUGCUUUCCGAUACGUGACUUCAAUUCUGGAUGAUGCAAAAAUUUAUUCAAGCCAUGCUAAGAAACCUAAUGUUGAUGCAGAUGAUGUGAGACUGGCAAUCCAGUGUCGGGCUGACCAAUCUUUUACCUCCCCUCCCCCAAGAGAUUUCUUACUGGAUAUUGCAAGGCAGAAAAAUCAAACCCCUUUACCGCUGAUUAAGCCAUAUGCAGGACCCAGACUGCCACCUGACAGAUACUGCUUGACAGCUCCAAACUAUAGGCUAAAGUCCUUAAUUAAAAAGGGACCUAACCAAGGACGACUGGUUCCACGGUUAAGUGUUGGAGCUGUUAGUAGCAGACCUACCACUCCUAGCAUAGCAACCCCACAAACAGCAUCUGUCCCAAACAAAGUGGCACCUCCAGUGUCAGUGACAAGCCAGAGAUUCACGGUGCAGAUUCCACCUUCUCAGUCCACACCUGUCAAACCAGUUCCUGCAACAACUGCAGUUCAAAAUGUUCUGCUUAAUCCUUCAAUGAUUGGGCCCAAAAAUAUUCUUAUUACCACCAACAUGGUUUCAUCACAGAACACAGCCAAUGAAUCAAACCCACUGAAGAGAAAACAUGAAGAUGAUGAUGACAAUGAUACUAUGUAAGAAAUACAGUGUAGUCUCUAUGCAUUUCAAAAUUGUAGUUGGUUCUGAAUCCAUAUACCGAACUAGAACAUUCUUGAUCUCAAGUUUUAUCUUAGAAAACUUAAAUGUAGCUGCAGUAUUUUUCACAUUAGUUUAAACUGUUAGAUUUCUUAAGGGUACCAAUGUUUUUUCACUAGGCUUAAAGUAUAAAAAGCUAAGUGCUUGUUUUUUAAUGGUUUCAUUAAUGUUGACUCCUGCUACAGUAAUUCUAUUUUUGGAAACAGCUUUCUGCAAUGUAUCUGAUGUAGCACUUAAGUGUCAGUUUCUAAGCCUGAUCAAUGGACUAAUCUUUAACAGCCUAAUUUCUAAUCUAUAUUUAAAUACUUCUUUUGAAGAUAAAAUAGUCGCUUCUGUGUCACCAGCUUUUUUGACCAAAUCUCUUAAUUAAGCAAACAUUUUUUGGAGGGGAUGGAUUUAGAGGGAUUCUGAAUUCAUUUUGAAUAUAUUUAAACUGUAACCUCCCACCUCCUCAGCCCCAUUUCUACAUCCUAUUCGUUUUCUGCACUACCUCCUCUCCACAGGCUUAGGUUUCUCCCUAUUGCUCUUAAAUUUAAAAGGCUAAAACUGGACCGUUAGCAAUAUAAUUCCUGAUAAUAUAGUUGUGUCAUUUUUAAAACCUGCUUCACAUGCCUAAUGGUCUGUGGUUUACUUUAACUGGAAGGUUUACAUUUGCUGUUUUUCUCUCCAUAUCAGAGCAGUUGUUUUAUCCCUUGCCUUUUAUGCCCGUUGAGCAUUCCUCUGCUUUUGACAGGUAGUUUCUGGGUCAGUUAAUGCAGUUUCAACCUUAUAUUCCAAGUU